CACGGCCCCGCUUCCGGCGCGUCUGACAGUCCGACAUGGCGGCACUUGCUGUGGUCCGUGUGUGCGCGCGUGGAGCUCUACAUGGUUGCACUUCUGGGCUCCUCUACAGUAGAGUGGCACCCCUCUGCUCACGGCUUGGAGUGGCACCCGUGUUCUUCAGGCAUUACGCUGCAGAAGCCAAGAAAACUUUCACACGUGACAAGCCUCAUGUGAACAUUGGUACUAUUGGACAUGUUGACCAUGGGAAGACUACUCUGACCGCAGCCAUCACCAAAGUCCUAGCGGAAGCUGGUGGAGCUCAUUACAAGAAAUACGAAGAUAUCGACAAUGCCCCGGAAGAGAAGGCGCGAGGAAUCACCAUUAAUGCAUCACACGUGGAGUACACCACGGCCAACCGGCACUAUGCUCACACGGACUGUCCUGGCCAUGCAGACUAUGUCAAGAACAUGAUUACAGGCACUGCUCAGAUGGAUGGCUGCAUCUUAGUGGUGGCUGCCACAGAUGGUCAGAUGCCACAGACUCGUGAGCACCUCCUGCUGGCACGACAGAUUGGAGUGGAGCAUGUGGUGGUAUUUGUGAACAAGGCGGAUGCUGUCGAAGACAAAGAGAUGCUGGAUUUGGUGGAGCUGGAGAUCCGUGAGCUGCUCAGCGAGUUUGGCUAUGAUGGCGAGAAGACCCCUGUCAUCAUUGGCUCUGCUCUGUGUGCUCUUGAGAGCAGAGAAUCUGAACUGGGAGUAAACUCUAUACUGAAGCUUCUUGAAGUUGUGGAUGAAUAUAUCCCUUUGCCCAAACGGGAGCUGGAUAAGCCCUUCCUGCUGCCCAUUGAAGCAGUCUACUCUAUUCCAGGAAGGGGCACUGUGGUGACUGGAACCCUAGAGCGUGGCGUCAUCAAGAAGGGUGACGAGUGCGAGUUUGUGGGACACAACAAAGCCUUCAAGUCCGUUGUGACUGGUGUUGAGAUGUUUCACAAGAGCCUGGAGCGUGCAGAAGCUGGCGACAACCUUGGAGCUCUGGUGCGUGGACUAAAGAGGGAGGAAGUGCGGCGUGGCAUGGUGAUGUGCAAGCCAGGAUCCAUUAAGCCUCACCAGAAAGUGCAGGCGCAGGUCUAUGUGCUCAGCCCGGAGGAGGGAGGACGCCAUAAGCCCUUUGUGUCGAAUUUCAUGCCAGUUAUGUUCUCCUUGACCUGGGAUAUGGCUUGCCGUGUAAAUCUCCCACAGAACAAGGAAAUGGUAAUGCCAGGUGAGGACACACCACUUACCCUGACCCUACGACAGCCAAUGGUUCUAGAGAAAGGCCAACGCUUCACCCUCCGAGAUGGUAACAAGACCAUUGGAACAGGCCUCGUCACUGAGGUACUGACAGUGACAGCAGAAGAUGAAGCGAACUGGGGAUAAGUAGACUGGACAGUUUGAAAAACUGCGGGCUCUGAUGACCAGUGCUUUGACUUACUAGCUUUCUCAUUUUGGACUCCGCUCUGCAAGCUGAUACAAUAUGAUAUUUGUAAUAAUUGCUAUUAAACUAUUGCUCAAAGGUA